AUGGACAAGCCUGUGGGACGUCAGUUGAAGUUGCUGACACGCCCAGGACCAUAUGUGAAACAUCUAAUCCCGCCAAACGUUGGCUCCGGCCCUCAUCGCAAGAACGUCCAGGCACGCACGCUUGGUGUCUGGAUUGCCUUGGUUUUUACUGCCCUCGGAAUCUUCUUCCAGAACUAUGUUGAUAUCGGGCCAAAAUACAGAGCUGCAGCUCUUGGGCUGGUCUUCCCUGGAGCCGGAUAUCUUGCGAGCGCCAAUGUACUUGGUGGCAUAUUGUUCGCGCUGACUUGGGCAAGCGCCCCGCUCGCUCUCUUUGCGUGGUUUGGUGCCGGAGCAAUCUUAUUCCCUCUCCUCGUCUGGGGCUUGUCUAUCUUAGGCGCCUACUUCACUACAGGAGACACCCUAUGGGAGAAUUCAGGCUAUUGGGCCCCUGGUUUUCUUUUCGCUGCCUUCCUGUAUGCCAACGGCUCAUCAAGAACUGAAAGGAAUCGAAGCUAUAAGAAGAGAACAACGAGAAACGAGUUCAUCUUACGCCAAGCUGCCGAGACAGACAGACUUGUCGCCGCAGCUUCCAAGAGAGAGGAAGAUGAAGAACUGAGCAUUGAGAGUCUCAGGAAGCUACAAUUCCUGUUUGACCAGGCCUUUCAAAGUCUUGAUGACUGGUCAGGCUUUACUAUUGUCGACCAAUACCAGACCGCAGCCCUUCGUUAUCAGAUCUAUCAGAUGAUGUUUGUACUCGGUCUUUACCAGUCAAUCUAUACUCCAAACGCGCACGGCUACGUCAACGAAGCUUUCCAACGAAUCAUUGAGCGGUCUUUGACUCAGAAAGUUCUCAAUUUCUGGAAGUGGGAAUGUUUGACUGGCAAAUUCUCACUCGAUUGGGAUCCAGUCAAGAAAGACAAUAUCAUGGUCACGGGGUUCUUGCUGCAGGGAGUCAUGCUUUACACUGCCAAUACAGGUGAUAUGAGAUAUACAAAGCCUAGAAGUCUGGUCUUCAACAUUGACGAAAAGCAUUCCUACAGAUACAGUCUUCAUGACCUUCAGGAAUCACUUGUGCGACAAUGGUCUGCUAGUCCAUACUGUCUCAUUUCAUGUGAGCCUAAUUGGAUCUACGUCAUGUGCAAUCUGCAAGGCAUGACAGGAGCAGUUCUCUACGAUCGAGUUUUUGGAACGAAGUCCACUGAAGUCCUGUUACCAAUAUUCGAGGAGUCUCUGAACACGAACUUUAGCGAGACCAGUGGCAGUGUCUUGACUAUAAGGUCCGAGUUGACAGGUUUCACUAUUCCAGGUCUAUGCGGCGCAGCUGGAGAUUUGGCAGCAAUCAUGAUGGGAUGCGGUCCUUUAAGAAACUUCUCCAGACGUCUUUGGACUAUCAUUCGGAAUGAGACAGUUCAGUUUGAUACCAAAACAAAAGAGGUCUCGCUGACUGGACUCGUGGGAGCGGAUAAGAUUGAUCCGGGCAAUUAUCGCUCGAAUGAGUAUGCUAUGUACACUCAACUUGCCAUUGCUGCGGGUGAGUACGGUGAUGAAGAGCUGAAAGUGGCUUGUGUGAAAAAGUUUGAGGGAGCAUGGGGUGUUAAGACAGCACCGACGGGCUCUCAUUAUCUUGACCUUGAGAAUGCGUCGUGUUUGAUGAAUCAAGCGGCGUUGACGGCUGCUCUUAUCCGACCUGGGGCAUAUCAUCGGAUGGUACAGAAGGGACCGUCUGAAACAGCAUUGAAAGGGCCCAUCCUUUCAGAAGUGCCAUAUCCUGGUGUCCUUAUAGCAAAAGCAAGGUCUCAUACAUCUCGGGAUUUGGAACUAGUUCUCUAUCCCUCAGCUGAUGCAGGCGUUUUCGACCUUGGUAUUUCUCGUCUUUCUCCGGGCCAGACAUACAGUUAUCUCGACAAGACAGUGAAUGCGGACAGGGAUGGAUUUGUCAAGAUCUCGGUUCUUGUUGAGGGCAGGACUCAUGUGCACAUUUCUCCAAUUUGA